UUCUUGGAAGUAUAUUUUCUGUUGUCGUCGUUGUUGUUUGUGGUAUUGAACCUUUUUUUUUUUUUUUUUUUUGGUGAUAUCUAGACAUGCAGCUAUUUGUGCAGGAAAAAUAUGGCUGCCAUAGCAACUACAGAAGUUUGUGAUACAUAUGCAGCAGCUCUGGCAAAUGGUGAUUUGCGUGUCUUGGAACCAAUCUUCCGGAGUUGUGGGAUGCGUAGAACAUUCUCUGGCCCCAUCGUCACUCUGAAGUUGUUUGAGGACAAUCAGUUGGUCAUGGAUCUUCUAGAAACUAGAGGUGAAGGGAGAGUUUUGAUUAUAGAUGGUGGUGGAACCAGGAGACGUGCGAUGGUUGGGGGAUUAUUGUCACUGUUGGCUCAAGAUAUGGGGUGGCCUGGUAUUGUAGUAAAUGGCUGCAUUAGAGACGUUGAGGAGAUUAAUGGAUGUAAUAUUGGAGUGAGAGCCUUGGCAUCCAUGCCCGUGAGAUCAAGUAAAGAAGGCAUUGGUGAAAAACAUGUCCCAGUUAACAUUGCAGGAACAUUGACAUCGUUGUCUCCAAAUAUGAGCUCUCAAUCUGAAUCACCAUUCUAAGAGUUGCAUUUGAUCAAUUUACGCCAUUAAUAAGAGAAUUGAGUU